AUGUCCGUGAGUAAUGCUAUUAACGAAAACAAGAAAGAAUCAAAAGAGUCCAUCAAAUCUUCUACCGUUACCAUCACUAAUACCAUCACCAAGGUGAAUAAUGAUGCAACUACACUUUCGGAGAAACAACUACUAGUCAUUUUACCAAAGGAAAAGGAAUUAGUUCGGUUAGAUAAAAAAUCUCCGCCGCCACCACCCCCGCAACCGCAACAACGACAGCAACUCCUCAUUCAUCCAAGUAGUUAUGUUCAUCAGGUUCCCAUAAAAUUAAACGUAGGAGGAAUCAUUUAUAUGACAACACAACAAACAUUAUGCACAUACCCUUCUUAUUUAUCCGAAUUAUUUUUCAUAUUUCGUUCUCCAAACUCUCCCCCCACUUCGACCUAUUCGCAAUACCCAUGGCCCGAAGAAUUAUUCAUUGAUAGAGAUGGAGAACUUUUUAUUCACAUCCUAACCUUUUUAAGAAAUGGCACUUUACCAUACUCCACCCCAUUAAGCAUUUUACAAAAAUUAGAAUAUGAAGCCAAAUUUUAUGGCAUAAAACCGUUACAAACAUUAAUCUACCAACGUAUACAAAUACAUUCCUCCUCUCCAAAGUUUAAAGUCAUCCCUAUUGAAAGAUUGAGCGAUGAAGAAUGUGAUUUGGAAGAUGAUGACGAGUUCACCACUAGUCCUAGGAUUUGCCUAAAGAGAUCAAAUUUAUCUUAUUGUUCAACUACUUCCUCUUAUGAUAUUCCUCAACAACAGGAUGAUGCGUCCAUAUAUUCUUGUUCUUCCUCCGGGGAUUCAUCCGAAGAAGUUCCUAUCAUUUACAACCCUGGUAAUACAACGUCCAACACUUGUAGCACAGUUACGCCCACCACUUAUACUCGUACUCCAAAAUCUUCCAUUUCCACUUCAAAUUUUACUAUUCACAAAAAUUUGUAUCUAUCUUCCGUUUCUGCUCAACAUUAUGACUACAAACCUGAUUAUGAGAUUAUUUCAAUUACUAAUGCUCCCACCAUAAAUGAUUUGGAAAGUUUGGACCAAUUUCAUGUACCUGAUGAAGAGCUUUACGCCAAAGAUUUGGCUACUUUUGCUGUAUUACAACGCAAAGAUAAAUAG